AUGGAAAGGCUAAGGAAAGCCUUUUUGGGGACUAACAGAUCAUCUGAACUUGACUCUGCUCUACCGUUAUAUUGCACUACAAUCCUUGCUAGUGUAGAGGAGGUUCGACCGCACAUCCAUGAUUAUCGGAAACAGCUGGAGAAAAACACCACACUAUUUUCGACGUCCUGGGGGAAACUUGAUUCACGAAAUAUAUGCAAGAGUUGUCCGUUUUGGAUAUUAAUGAAGACGCAGGAGGAGUUGGUUGGUGCACAACACAAGUUCAUGGAUGGGAGCGUUAAGCAGCUCAUUGCGAAUCUCAGAAGUUGGGAGGAAGAGUGUUCUCAAGUGCUGAAAGUGAAGACGGAUCUGCAGAAGGCUUUGAUAGACCUGAAUAGGGUGAAAGAGAAACAGCGUCCAGGAAGGGAAAACGAAAGUGCGCAAAGCCUCAUUAGUUACGCCGAAUCCAUUUACACUAAUCAUAGGGUAACUCUACUUAACGAGCUCUCUCGCUAUGUUCAAUCGGAAGCGAACUACCAGGAGAAGGUUAAGAAGUUUCUAGGAGAACAAGUAAGCUUUCUGGACACUUGCAAGGAAAAAGUAGAUAGGCUGUGGAAGAGCAUCGGAUCCACUUCAGCUUUUGCGGGAGAGGCUCCAUCAAGAAGCUACUUCGGCUCACGUCUGCAGGAACAUCUGGACGAAGAAGGCUUCUCAGUGGUGUUGAAAAAGUGUCUUUCCUACCUAAUGAAGAGCGAGGCGUACACGAGGGAGGGCAUCUUCCGCCUUGCAGGUCAAGUCACUUAUAUUCAACUUCUUCGAACUGCUAUUGACAUGAACAAAGUAGACGAUAGCCUUCUUGAUCUCUGUGGAGUCUACGUGGUGGCAGACGUGAUGAAACAGUACCUGCGGGAGCUUCCCAAACCCCUCCUAAGCUGUGCAUUUGUAGAAAAUUUUUCAGGCAAAAAAUUGUCUUCCAGCGAAAUAAUUUCAUUGAUGAAAGCGCACCUACCGGAAGCGAAUUGGAAGAACUUCUUACUCCUUCUCCACUUUCUCCUGAAGGUGUGUCAAAACGAGGCCACCUCAAAGAUGUCAGCCGAUAACCUGGCUCUCACACUUUGGAUAAAUCUUUGUCCUAAAACCUCUAUAUCAGAAGGUGCAAACAUUGUCAAAUAUCUCUUGACGCACGCUGAAGACCUUGUUACUCAAGAAGGCAUCCUUAAUAUCCUCGAAUCUCUGCCCAAUGCGACAAUAGUAACAGCCCCUCUCAAGGCCAUUCAAACCGCUCACAGGGGGCAAAAACUAGAGCGGAGUUGCCCUCAACGCCCAGAUCUUCCAGAGGUAUCACUGAGGUCAAGGCUUCCGCCACAGCCACCAACAUCUAAUGCACCGAAUUAUAGUCCCCAGGCAUCUGUAAACGAAACCAGAAACCCUUCAGUCACCAACAAGCAGUCCGGCUCUGUCGAAGGUGUGUCGUAUCAACAACACUACUCAUUAACUCUCAAUCCGGUGACUACCUUCGACAACAGCGAGUAUCGUCGUGCUAUUAGUGAAUCAAAAACAAACACGGAGAAGAGAGGAUCAAAAACAUCGUCACUACUACCACCGACCCCAACCUCACCUUUGCCAUCGAGUGGCACUUUCGUCGGGCAUGAGCGCCCAGUGGCGUUAGAAUCUGGCACAGAGUUGCCACGACGUGAAGGCACGCCAUCACAACCAAAGGAAAAGGGGGAAGAGAAAGAGGACGAAAGUAGUGAUGAAUCCGAGAAAACAACUUCUUCCGAGAACUCGACAAGCACUGAAACCUCCACAACAGAUUCGUCAACAGAGGUUGUGAGUAAGCACAAUCGCGAACGAAAAAAUAGGAAUGGUGUGGAUGAGUCAAAGAAGAAGAAAGAGGAGCUGGGGGAAGCAGGAUCUGGAGAACCGUUGCCCAAAGAGCACUCGAAGACGAAGGGCGGUGAAAAAAAAGGAGGGAAGUGUUAUGUGAAAAUGCGGUCCGACGGAACUAGUGCGCAGAAAAAGUCCAGCUCCUCGGAUGAGCCUGCCCAGUUUAUUACGAGGAAACAGGAAUUGAAUAUGAAGCAUGCUUCCUCCGGAAGUGGCCUUGAAUCGAAGGGGAAUAUCUCGGAUUAA